AUGAGCGUUGUUGAAUACUUACGAGCUCCUCUUCAUGAUUUAUUUGCUUGGGCCAGAACAGGUUCCAUGUGGCCUGUAACCUUUGGUUUGGCUUGUUGUGCUGUAGAAAUGAUGCACGUUGCUGCUGCCCGAUACGAUUUGGAACGUUAUGGUAUUUUCUUCCGUCCUACUCCUAGACAAUCCGAUGCCAUGAUUAUUGCUGGAACGUUGACUAACAAGAUGGCUCCUGCUUUGAGAAAGGUUUGGGAUCAAAUGGCUGAACCAAGAUAUUCGAUUAGUAUGGGAUCAUGUGCAAACGGAGGCGGUUAUUAUCACUUUAGUUAUCACGUGGUGAGAGGCGCUGACCAAAUCAUUCCUGUGGAUGUCUAUGUGCCAGGAUGCCCACCAACAGCUGAAGCAUUGUUGUACGGAGUGUACAUGUUACAAAAGAAGAUUAAGAGAAAUCCAUACAAGGCACAUAUUAUUGAACAAGAUUUUAAUCAACCAGGAAAAUUGCUCACAAGGAAGCCACAAGAAUUGACUCCUUCUGAAGAGUUGAAAGAAUUGAGAGAGAAACAAUAUUAG